AUGGGUAUCAAGAAGAUGUUCAAGAAGAAGGACCCUACGGAGGAUGAACUCCGUCAGGAAUUAACAAACGCAGGAAUCACCACCAAAUCGAACGUCGGUAACAGAGAGGAGAAGUUUGGGGCGUUCAGGCAGUAUGCUCAAGAGAGACAACUGCAAAAGCCAGGGUUUACGCCGGUUAAUCCCUAUGCUAAUGUAAACCAGGGUGCUCCAGGCAGCAAUCCCUACGCAGAGAACCAACAGGGAGGACAGCAGCAGGGGAAUCCAUACGGUGGGGGUCAACCAGAGGCUAACCCAUAUGGAAGUGGUGCCCAGCUGCAGCAAUCACAAAGUCCGUAUGGUCUGCUGCAGAAUGCGAGAGCUAAUCCAUACGGGGGGCAGCUGCAACAGUCUAACCCAUACGGAGGUCAACUGCAACAACCUAACCCAUACGGAGGUCAGCUGCAACAAUCAAACCCAUACGGAGGCCAGCUGCAACAACCUAACCCAUACGGCGCGCCACCCAGGGCUAAUGGUUCUGGUGCUUCUGCUGCUGCUGCUGCCUCCCCUUACGGUAUUCAAACAAAUAGACCAUAUGACAGAGGUCCUAGAAGACGUGACUUUGAUGAAGAAACUCUUGAUCUUAACUCACCAUCUAUGGGCAUUAAGUCUGUAAACAACAAAAAGAAACCAAGCUAUGAUACUGAAACUUUGGAUCUCAACGAGGCUGCUGACGAUGAUGACGACUUGAAUGUUGUGCUUGAUGAACUUCCAGAGGAAACGCAAGUGAACUCAGAAGAUGAAGAAGUGGAAAACAUCAAGCAGGAUAUUCGAUUCGUAAAACAGGAAUCUCUUUCCCUGACGCGUAAUACAUUACUGAUGGCCCAGCAAGCAGAUGCACUGGCUACCAACACAAUGGGUAUGCUUGGAUCACAAUCUGAAAGACUUUACAAUGCAGAACAAAACUUACUCCUUGCUGACACUCAAACCAAUAUUGCUCAAGAUAAAGUGGAGCAACUACGUAGAUUGAACAGAUCUAUUUUUAUUCCAGCAACUUCAGUGAAUCCAUUCAAUAAAAAAUCGAAAUUAAGAGCCCAAGAGGCAAGACUUAAGACAGAGAAAGCACAAGAAAAAUACAUGAGAGAUACAAAUAGACAAGGAGUUUAUGAAAGUGAAAUGAGAAUAAAAGAAGGUCUCAAUUCCACCAAUUCUGACCUUUAUCAAAAGUAUAAAGGUGAUCAAUCGUUGGAAGCUGCUAAAAGGUAUCAGUUUGAAAAUGAUAGUGAAGAUGAUGAAAUGGAGAAGGAAUUAGCUUCGAAUCUUGAUCAAAUUGCCUUAUAUUCAAAGAAGUUGAAGGCAUCUGCCCACACUAUGGGUAAGGAAGUCGAUUCACAAAAUGAUAGGUUAAGAAAAAUUGAAGAUGAUGCUGAUAGAUUGGAUAUUAACGUUCAUUUGAAUAGUACUAGGUUGAGCAACAUCCGUUAA